AUGGCUACAUCAACACAACUACCGACUAAAUUGCCACCAUGGCCUCGAUUGUCCUAUGCUCUAGCCAAGCACCUUGUCCAUAAAGAUGUACCCAAGACAUUCCUCACACCUGCAGAAGAAGAGCAUCUGCACACAGCACUGGCAUCGUUUCAACAAUGGCAGCACUUUAUCGAACUCAAGAUGGACACAGCAGCAGGACCAGAAUGCCAAUUCACAAGCCAUCAACUCACUGCCUUUCGAGUGCGUGCUUUACUCUCAGAGCAAUUUAUACCACAUUUCUUUCAGCACAACAAACAAGAGGAUCAGCAAAAUCGACCAUGCUGCCAACAAUUGAGACUGGAUAUUGAUAAACUAUGCUUGGAAGCAAGGCAGAUUCAAGACAAUCAAGAAACCACCAUUGCUAAGCUAGAGAUACCAAAAAAUCAAUUGCUGCUGGAUACUGAUUCAACAACCACGAUUACAGCAGAAGAACAGCAGCAGAUACAGCAAGACGAGCAACAACAUGCAGCUCAAAACAGUGACCAUGUCCCUUUAUUAGAUAUUUAUCAUACACUUGAGUUUGACAUGGCGGCCAUGAUUGAGCAACGAAAACUAGAGGAAUACCAAGCACAAGAAGAAGCCCACGAUGAAGAAAAGAGCCAAAACAAUAAUAAUAAUUCGACUUUGCACAUUUUAGAUGAUUCAGAUCAGUUCAACCUCAAGUAUUUGCUCAAGGGCAUUGCAGACAACCGAGAAAAAACAAACCUGACAGAUCGAGAACUGCGAAAUCUGUUACUGGACGUCAAACCUCACAAAUCGAAAUGGGCAAAUGACGACAAAGUGGGACAGGAAGAUUUGUAUGAAGCAUGCGAAAAACUAUUGACAGAUUUGAAAAACUACACUGAACAUUCUACACCAUUCUUGACCAAAGUCAGUAAAAGAGAAGCGCCCGAUUAUUAUGAAGUGAUCAAAAAUCCAAUGGAUCUGGGCACAGUGUCAAAGAAGCUCAAGGCAUUUCAGUACAAGAACAAGAAGGAAUUCGCCAAUGAUUUGCACUUGAUCUACCAAAAUUGCUUGGACUACAACACAGACCCUCACAGCGAAUAUCGCAAACAUGCCAUUGCCAUGCGCAGAAAGACGGAUCGACUAUUACCCCGUGUGCCUGAUAUCAAUGUCAAGGAAAGAUUUGGAGGAGAGGAGGGUGAUGAUCCCAUGGACAUGAGCGAGGAUGAGAGAGCAUCGGCUACACCAGCACCUGAAAGCGGCGUCAUUCCAACCAUCAAGCUGACGCUCAACAACAACCACAGAGAACGUAGUGCGAGUCGUGCCUCCAGAGAGAGAUCCGUCACGCAUGAUUCAUUGGUGGACGAAGGAUUUCAUGCCAACUAUGCUGGAAAACACCCUAAAAAAGGCACAACGCAACCACACACUGCUAUCGACACAGCGCAUGAAGAACAGAGUUUGCAUCAAGAAUUAGAAAUGGACAAGGGCGAAUUACAAAAUACAAUCUGGAGAGAAGUGACCAAAAAGACCAGAGCCAAAGCGACGACGGACAUAGAGAAGCAGUAUCAGUUUGACUUUGGCAAUAGACAUGCUAUCACCAUAUCGUCACUGGACAUGGAACGGUUCAGUUUAAUGGAGCGUUUGCAUCACCAGCCUGAAAGCACCAAGAAACUCAUGCGUUGCAGUCGGGCCGCAUUCUCGAGGUGGUUGGAAAGAUAUGAGGGGAUGGGCGGCGGCAUCUAUGAUAAUUUCGACCUGAAUUCUGAAGAUGAAGAUGGAUUUGACGGAGGCUUCUUUUUCUCCCGUAAAAGUGAUCAACCCAAGCCUACCGAUGAGGACGAUGCGAUUCGAAAUGACCUAUUUCUGCCCGAAUAUUCGACCGUGCCUGGAUUGCCCGAGAUCGAAGGUGUUUCUGAGGAAAUUAACAAUGCAGAUGAGUACUAUGGCAAUGAGGAGGAAGACGAAGAGAAAGAUGGGCAGCAGGAGCACACUGCAUCCAAUAAAAAGAAGAGAGAGCUUCCAGUGCUGCUGGAUCAAUACAGUGCUACAAAGCGCACUGAUCAUGGUUUAGGUGCACUCAUGGAUGACAAUAUCAAAGAGCUCACCAACAUUCGAUUCAUGUACAAAAAAUGCAAUGCCAUUCGCAACAACACCCCACUUGGCGAAUCCAGUAAUACAAUCAGGGAGGAGGAGCAGGAAGAAGAAGAGGACGAUGACGACGAUGCAUCCAUGCCGACAUCCUCUACACCAACACAUACUGCACCGUCGAUACCACCUAAUGCUUGUUCUGAUGUCUCCUCCAUUGAGAUCAGUCAAGAAGCCACUCACCAAAUGAUGCAACGCACGAUUAUCCAAUUACUGACGCAUGCUGGAUUCGAGGCAGCACAAGGCGGCCCCUUGAACGUCCUGACCGAUCUUAUGGCCGAGUAUUUCACAAACAUUGGUAAAACAAUUAAAACAUAUUGCGAUACGCAUAGCAAGGACAUGACAGGCGAGGAGAUCUUACUGCACUCGCUGCAUGAGAACGGUGUGAGUCAGCUGGAGGAUUUAGAGACCUAUGUUACGGAUGAUGUGGAGAAAUAUGGGCAUCGCUUAAAAGACGUGAGCAGACGUUUGGAAGGCACGUAUCAAGAGCUGGUAGCGGGAUCUACGGAAGCAUCGGUGCAUGAUGAAAGCGAGUUGUUUGGAGAUGAUGAUGCAUUUACUGCAGGAUUGUUUGGCGAGGCAUUGGGCCAGGAUUUCUUUGGUUUUAAAGAGCUGGGAUUGGACCAAGAAUACAACAUGAGUUCGUUGCAAAUACCAGCCAAGCUUUGGUUCAAAAACGAUGAAUCAAAACUAAAAAAGAUGGCACAAGGCAAAACAAAAGAGGAACCUCAGUGCAAGCACCCAGCGCCACCACCAUUCACGCCUGUAGAAAGCGAGGAUGCCUUUAUCGGUUUAUUAAAACCAUGGUACAGGAAACGCAUGCAAGACAAUCCACAAAAUGCUGCAAUGGAAGAUGAAUUCAAACCUACUAAAAAGAGCAAUCGCCCCAAAUACCCACCUAUUCAUAUUCGAUCUGCCAAUGCAGCACACAUCAACAGUAACAAGCGCAAAGCACUACGAGAUGGAUCCAAUACACUUCAUUCGACGGUUCUGAUGGAGGAGAAAAAGAAGCGUAAACGAAUGCUAGAGGAAUCCAAGCUACAGAAGAAGAGGCAGCGAUUGGAACUAAAAGCACAAAAAUUGGCAGAAAAGGAGCAGAAAAAAAAGUUGCGUGAGGAGAACCGAGAAAGAGAGAGAUUAGCUAAACAGCAAAAGGAAAAGAAAUAA